AUGACUCGUUUAGCUGAGUAUAAACGACAUCUCCGUUCCAAUACUUUCGACAUUGAAAAGGCUACAAUCGCUUUUCUUGAAGGACAUGUGAAAUAUCUUCAACGUAGAUUCAAACGUAAAGAAAUAAAAAUUAAAGAACUUGAAUCACGUCUAAAAGAUCUCGAUAAACUCAAAGAAGAUGUUAUAAAACUUAAAAACCAAAUUGAUAGUUUAUUAAAUGAAAAUGAGGCAUUAAGACAUAAAAGUAAUGAUUUAAGUAGCGUAAUAGACUAUAGAUUUAAAUUGAUGGCAUAUUCUGUAGAAAAUGCAGAAUUAACAAUUUUUUUUCAAAAAAUGAAAAAGUUAUUUAAAACAUACCAAAAUAAAUACGAAAUAGAUUUUGGUUCUUUGCGAAUAACUGAAAUUAUUGAUAAUGUGAAAUGGAAGGAAUUAAUAUUAACUGAUGUUAUUCUAGCUGAAAUUUGUUCGUAUUUAACUCCAAAAGAUCUAUUUUCUUUGAAACAAGUUGCCAAAUUUUUGUUUGAAAAAUUACAAGUGGAAUAUUUUUGGAAGAAAUCUAGACAACAACAACCAAAUUAUAACCACAAAUGUCCUAUUCAUAUGACCGAACAGCAAUAUUGUUACUUAAACUUUAUGUAUCAAAGAUGUCAAUUUUGCAAGCGUUCAGAUUUUUCUUUAAUCCUUGAACUGAAAACCAAGAUUUGUUCUGAGUGUCGUGAACAAGUGUUAAUAAGUCGUUUUGAAAUUGAAGAAGAAAAUCUUAUUCCAUUCGAACUUCUUCUGGCAUUCCAUUCAGUAGAUGACGCACAGCUUGAUGGAAGAUACUUAGAUUAUUCUGUGCGUGAAUUUUCAGUGUCAUCUAGUUUAGUUUAUUAUUUGAAAAGUGAAGUCUACGAUACCUUUGACGAGUAUCUUAAAAUUCCUCAAAAUGAGAAGCAAGAAUGGUUAAAUAAUAAGUCAAAGAUCAUUA